GCCCUCUCCUUCUACACCCCCUCCUCCCUCUCCUUCCCUCGCAAUCUCAUCUCCGCCGCCGCCGAUGGCUCCGUCGCGAUCUUCGACACAGACCCUUUUGUCCUCCUCAAGUCCUUUCGUCCUCACAAGAAGGCCGUCAACGAUCUAUCGAUUCACCCUUCUGGGAAGCUCGCUUUGGCUGUUUACCGUGACGAGUGCUUUGCGAUGUUGAAUCUUGUGAGGGGGAAGAGGAGUUUUUGCUGUAGGUUGGGGCACGAGGCGAGUCUUGUGAAGUUUGAUCCGAGUGGGGAGAGGUUCUUCAUGGUGGUGAAUAGUAAAGUUGGUGUUCAUCAGAGUGAGGAUGCUAAGCUUCUUCUUGAGCUGGACAAUGGUAGCCGUAAGCGUAUUCUAUGCGCUUCUCCUGGAGACAGUGGGACUCUGUUUACAGCUGGUGAGGAUCGG